AUGACGCAGUUGGUGACCGCUUCACAAGAUUUUUACCCCGGAUCGGCAUCGACGUCAACCAUCGCAGAAUAUAUAAAUGGGCUGUACCGUCGCCACCCCUUCAGUGGGCAUGGGAGCAGCGAUACGAUGUUGUUUACCAACGUCUUUCGUUUUUUCAUCCUUCAGGUUAGUCCAGUCUCAUCCAAGCGUUCAAAUGAUAUAUUCCUCGUUAUGCUCCCUUGCCCACAAGUGCUGUUCGAAAAUGUAUGCCAGUGUUAUUGUGUGCUCAAAUUGCUUUUGUCCGGAGAUGUUGAAUUAAACCCUGGCCCUGGCCAUAGCACUCCCAAAGAAAAUUAUUCAUUAAGGACCCGAAUGAACGACCUGGAAGAUAAAUGCCGUAGAGAUAACCUCUUAUUUUUCGGUAUAUCUGAAGGCACCGAAAGCAUCGAAACAUGGUUGCAGUCAGAGGAAAAAAUUGUGAAUAUAAUACAGCAAAAAAUGUCAAUUACCCUUUCUACUACCGAUAUCGCCUGGGCCCACCGAAUCGGCAUUGCAGAGUCUACGAAAACGCGGCCAAUAAUGGUGAAAUUUUCCAACUACAAAACAAAGGAAAUGCUAUUAAAUGCUCAGUCUAAACUCAAAGAUUCAGAUGUUUCAAUGUCUGAAGAUUUUAGUCCAUCUACAAGACAUGCUAGAAAAAAACUGGUGGAAUUUGCGAAGGCAACGGCGCCUAACCCGCGCUUCAAACUGAGGCACGUAAGGUUGUUCUUAAACAAGAAAUGCUAUACCUAUUGUGCUGAAAGUGAUAGCGUUUGUGAACAAACUAGCGUGUAUGCUACUACUUCACGUGUUGAUCCUAGUGCCGCAGGUGGUUCUGAUGAUUCGAGAUAG